CAUAUAUUUGUAAUCGAGUCAGCAUGCUUCGUUCCUGGUAGACAAAAAACUUGCCCCCCUCGACAAAUUAUAAAAAAGCGACACAUUUUAGUAGACACAAAAUAUUCAAAUGUGAGCACACACAUUUAAUAUAUAUUUCUCAAAUGUGUCUACUGAUUCUGUGGCGAAACGUGUAAAAGCGAGAUAAAUAAAGCAGACAGACGGGCAAGUCUUAUCACAAAUCAAGAAAAAAAAAACUUAACCGCAUUGGCAAAAAAUUUUUGGCCGCACAAAACACACACAGCAAAAAUCGAAAGUACACACAUAGCGAGAGAGAGAGAGAGAGGCGCCAGAGAGCGAGUGGCGGUGGAGCAGGAACAGAGAGAGGAGCAGCAGCAAGAUUAGCAUUAACAUUAAUACCGGCAAAACGUGAGAUUGGAGGCGCAGGACAAUGGCACAGCAAGGAGUGGGCGUGGGCGUGGGCGUGGGCGUAACAGAGGCACUGGGAGCUGAAUUGGCCAAGGCGGUGGAUUUGAUAUUGCAUCCGGGAACACUGCAACAGGCGCGUCUGGAGGCGCACAUGGCCUGUGAGAGAUUCAAGGAUGAAUCUCCGCUGUGUGCCCAGGUGGGACUCUAUUUGGCCAGUUCGGUGCAAUACAAUCAGCAGGUGCGACACUUUGGACUCCAAUUGAUUGAAUAUACCAUCAAAUUCAAAUGGAAUUGCAUCACACACGAGGAGAAAGUCUACAUCAAAGAUAAUGCCAUCAAGAUGUUAAAUAUUGGUGUAGGAGCAGCCGAGGAUCGCAGUUUAUUGCAUUUAAAGGAUGCUUUAUCCAGGAUUAUAGUGGAAAUGAUAAAAAGAGAAUGGCCACAACAAUGGUUGGAUUUAUUGCCGGAAUUAUCGCAGGCAUGCCAAAAAGGCGAGGCACAAACGGAGCUGGUUUUAAUGGUAUUCCUGAGAUUGGUCGAAGAUGUGGCAUUAUUGCAGACUAUAGAAUCCAAUCAGCGAAGAAAGGACAUGUAUCAAGCCUUGAAUAACAAUAUGAAUGACAUAUUCGAGUUCUUUUUGCGACUCGUCGAACAACAUGUGAAUGCAUUUAGAGAGACCACAAGAUUGGGACAUUUUCAAAAGGCCAAUGCCCAUGGUCGUGUGGUGGAAAUGGUGCUAUUAACCCUCAGUGGAUUUGUGGAAUGGGUUAGCAUACAGCACAUUAUGUGCAGUAAUGGCAAAUUGUUGCAUUAUCUAUGCAUAUUACUCAAUGAUAAAUCCUUUCAAUGCAAUGCAGCUGAAUGUCUAUCAAUGAUUACCAAUCGCAAGGGACAAACAAAGGAAAGGAAACCAUUAUUACAGCUAUAUUCAGAGGAUCUAUUGAGAUAUAUCUAUACAGCAGCCAGUCAGGAGUUGAAUUCCCAUUCGUUGGAGCAGCAUCAGUUUCUAAAAAAGCUGCUACAGGUGCUAAAUGGCAUGGUGCAACAAUUGGUGGCACUGUGGGGCAAGGAUGAUGCCACACAGCGUCCGGCACAGCUGGAGAUUAUGUUUGAAUGCCUCUUGCUAUUACUGCAACAUGCAUCCUUGACUAUAGCACAUAAUGCCGCCUUAAUCUGGCAAUUGUUACUCAAACACGAUGUCUGUUCCAAGGAUUAUUUAAUGCUCAAUUACAUUCCCAAAUUGAUACACACAAUUGCACCGCGCAUUGUCAAGCUGCCAUACCCUGUAAAUCAGCCUAUACUCGGCAGCACCGACUACUAUAUACACAUGGAAUAUGAUAGUGAGGAGGAGUUUGCUGUUUACUUUUUUCGCUGUCGCACCGAUUUCCUGGAGAUCUUUCGUCUGUCCACCUUGGUGCAACCAUUGAUCACUUAUUCAUACUGCGAACAGUGGCUGCAAUCAAGAUUGCGACACGCUCAGACGCAUCCCGAGUGCAGUUGCAGUGUCCAGGAUCCCAUUUAUUUGGAAUGGGAUGCGCUCGUUUGUGUCCUCGAUGGUGUCCUUAGUCGCAUACUCCUUGUGCCGGAGCGUCCGGCUGUGGCGAGUGGUUUACGCUUGCUAGAAGAUUGCCUCAAGCUGGAAACGAAUAAUCCUUUAAUUUAUUCCAUUUUACUAAGCUGCAUUUCCGCCUUGUUUGUCUUUCUGAGCAUGUCCAGCUGCCAGUUGACUCCCAACAAUUGUGUGGCCAUGAGUGGCGUUGCCUUGUUGCCCCGUGUGCUCGACAAGAUCUUUAGGGCUUUGGUUUUGAAGCCACCCAAUGAGCUGGAGAAGGUGCAGCUGAAAUCGGCAAAGAAUCUGCGUCGUCAUGCGGCUUCCUUGCUGGUCAAGUUGGCGCACAAAUAUCCGCUGCUCCUGCUGCCCGUCUUCGAGCAGAUCAAUAACCAUGUCGAGCUGCUACUCAAGGAACCAGCGACUCCAACUCCAUCUCCAGCUCAUCCCCAACUGGAUCGACUUAUGCGCACCACUCUGCAGGAGGCGUUGAUCCUGAUCUCGAAUCACUUCUGUGACUUUGAGCGCCAGACUCUUUUCAUCGAGCACAUUGUCGAGCAGAAGCGCACGGAGUGGCUGAACUUUGGAGAGGCCUUCAAGUCGCCGUUGGAUUUUAUGCGCUAUGUGGGACUGGACAAGGAGCCGGUGUAUGUGCUGGACACAAUGGAUGCGACAAUUGUGAAUCGCUCGAGAAUUCUGGAUGCUCUCCAUGUGGUUCUGGGUGUGGUGAAGCGUUGCACGUGGCCCGAUGAUCCGGAUCGAGCACAACGUGGAGGCUUCGUCAUAGGUUGCACGGAUCUGGGUAAUCCUAUAUGCAGGAAUCCGGCGACGAAGCAUGUGGUGCCACUAUUAUCACAUAUACUCAGUUUGAUGCGGGUUCUGAAUGAGUUAUUUCGACCGGAGGCAUUGGCGGCACUAUCGGAGGGUUAUCGCCAGAUCCAUGGCAUGCUGGAGCACGAGAAGAAGCUAUUGAUGGCCAUCUGUGCCAUACCCGCUGAUCCACUGGACACGACCAUUAAAUCGGAGCCCACAGCCUUUGAGAAGAUGCAAACUUUCAUGUCUUUGGUCACAGAAGGUUGUUAUCAUUUGAUGGGUUCAGCGGGUCCAUCGCUAGGACGUGAUCUCUAUCAGCUGCUGGGAUUGUCGGAUGCCAUUAUAAGCAACAUCUUUAGCUGUCUGGACAUCAUACCCGAUUAUAGAUUGCGUCCCAUUAUCAGGGUCUUUUUUAAACCCUUUGUUUACUCCUGUCCGCCGACCUUUUAUGAAACGGUUUUGUUGCCACUCUUUGCCCAUCUGACGCCGUUAAUGUGUGAACGUCUCAGCCGACGUUGGCUGUAUAUAUCCUCGCUAUAUGAAUCGGGACAGUUGAGUGGCGAUGCGACGGAUACACAGGAAGUGCUAGAGGAUCAAUUGAAUCGCACCUUGACCCGCGAAUAUUUGGAUGUGCUGAAAAUCGCCUUGGUGGGUGGACAAAUUGGUGCUGAUCAUGCCAACAGCACCAAUGUGGUGGCCAUGGAGAACGAGGAGCACUCCAUGGAUAGUGCACCACAAUCUCGAGCGGCACAGACGGCUCUAUUAUCGGAUAUUAUCAGUGAUUUGGGUGGCAAACUGUUGAGACACUCGCUAAUAAGCAAUUAUAUAUUGAUGACUCUGUUAAAAUCACUCGCCUGGAACGAUGGCAUCUGUAGCAUGAAGGCGGUGAAUAUAGCCGCUCCUGUCAUGCGAUUUUUGGCCUCGGAGCAGCUAAUGGAUGAGAAUAAGGCGGUCAGUGCGUUUACAGCGGUGCUACAGGGUAUGCAGGUGCAUGGACAACAUGAGGCGAAUCAAUCGGGACUCAUAACACUUGGUGUACAAUUCUAUGAGCUACUGCGUCCCAAAUUUCCUAUAUUAAGUGAAGUACUGCAGCAUAUACCCAGUGUCAAUGCCGCCGAUGUUCAGAAAUUCGAUGAGAAAAUCAGUGUAGCUCCUGUGAAAGGCAACAAAGUGGAUAGGGCCAAGAAGGAUAUGUUUAAGAAGUUAACUCAGCAAUUGGUGGGACGCAGUGUCAAUCAAUUGUUUCGCCAUGAAGUCCAAAUUGCCAAUUUGCCGCCCAUGCAACCCAAGCCCGGCAAAUCCUCCACAGGAUCUGGAUCGGGCACUGGCAGUUCCUCCUCCGAUAUUAUGGACAACAAUCAGAAUGCCAAUCUGAGCAAUUUGUUUCGUACUCACGAAAAGUGACAGCAAAUUCCACUGACUGAAGUUCAAUUAAUUGUUAAAUUAAGUUAAGAAAGCCGUCAAACUAGAGUGUUAGAGAGAGAUAGGGCGUUGGAGAGAGCGAAAGAGAGGCAGCAUCUUAUUUCAUUAUCAAAACAACUCUGCUUUUAUUUAAUUUAUUGUCUAAAAUUACUCAACAACUGAAUAACUCCCUUUCGCACCUGCUGCAAAGUAAGCACAUGUUAAAGAGAGAAAGAGAGAGAGAGAGAGAGAGAACACGAAAGAGAGGCAGCAACUUAUUUUUUAUCAUUACAACUUUGCUUUUAUUUAAUUUAUUGUCUAAAUUUACUCAACUACUGAAUAUUUUCCUUUCCCACAUGCAGAAAAGUUAGAUAAGAGAGUGAGAGAUAUAAAGGAAGAGGAAGAGCGAAAGCGAGGUAGUUUUUUAAGUUUUUUCCUUUAUUUUCACAUUUAAAUUUUCCUUUUAUUUAAUUAACUGACUAAAAUUCUACAACUACUGAAUAUCUCCUUUUCCCACAUGCAGAAAUGUCAGUAAA